UCCUCUAAGUCCUCUUUUCUCCCUUCCUUCCCUUUUACUGUUCUUUUCUCUCUGGGUUUGGCUUUCCUUCAUUGCAAACCAAGCUUCUUGUCCAUCAAUGCAAAGGAAAAAGAAUGAACUUGGCCAACAUCCUUUUCUCUGAUCCUUGAAACCCAAAGUUUCAGAAAAAUCAAUUUUUUUAAUAAAUAUUUCUGUUCUUGUUCCAUUGUCUCUUGUCUUGCUUGUUUUUGGUGGAAAGUUGUAUUUUUUAAUUUAUUUUAUUGUGUUAUUUGCUUGUUGUUCUUGGUUCAUCCAUUGGUGAAGGGUUGGAGUUUCUUUGUUUUGGUUCUGUGUUUUUGGUGAUGUUUGUUUCUCUUCAUUGAGUGAAAGGAAGAUCAGAAGGAAACUGACCAAAAGGAAAUAUGGGAUCUGGAGGUUCCCUGUAUAAUUUUUUGAUGAAGCAGACUUCGUUUGCCGGCAUGCGAGUGUGGGUUGUAAUAGGCAUUUGUGUUACCACAGUUAUAGUCUUGAUCCUGAUACUCCUACCUGUUUGGAUCGUCUUCCGGAGAAGGAACUGCCGGAGCUUUGACAAGGUCCCUCGAUCACAGAUUCCUGAUGUCUCUAAGGUGAUUACCGUAGAUAGAGUUGGUGGUCGGACUUUAGCUCAGAGCUUCCAUGAUCGCGAGGGGCCUGUUCUUAGCUCACAGCACACUUAUAGCGAUAAGGAGUCGGAGAAGGCUUUGGCACACUUGGGUGUGAGUAAAUCAAGCGAGGCAGAUACCUUGAGCCAAUGUAGUUCAGUUUACCAUAAUGACCGGUGUGGAAGUUCGCAUUCAGGCGAUGAAAGUAGCUUAGGGCCUUCUAAGAAAGCUUAUUCUUCUUAUGGACUUGUUUCGGCGUCUCCUUUAGUUGGCCUACCUGAGUUUUCUCAUCUUGGAUGGGGACAUUGGUUUACUCUCAGAGAUCUCGAGUAUGCCACUAAUCGUUUUGCAAAGGAGAAUGUUAUCGGUGAGGGUGGAUAUGGAGUUGUUUAUCGUGGUCGUUUGAUUAAUGGUACCGAUGUGGCAGUGAAAAAGCUUCUCAACAAUCUGGGUCAGGCAGAGAAAGAAUUUAGAGUGGAAGUAGAAGCUAUUGGGCAUGUUCGACAUAAGAAUCUGGUGCGACUCUUGGGGUAUUGUAUAGAAGGAAUUCACAGGAUGCUUGUCUAUGAGUAUGUGAACAAUGGAAAUUUGGAGCAGUGGCUCCAUGGUGCAAUGCGGCAGCACGGUGUUCUUAGUUGGGACAAUCGUAUCAAAAUCAUCCUAGGAACGGCAAAAGCACUUGCUUAUUUGCAUGAAGCCAUAGAGCCAAAGGUCGUCCACCGAGACAUAAAAUCAAGCAAUAUCUUGAUUGAUGCUGAUUUCAAUGCUAAGAUUUCCGAUUUUGGACUUGCCAAGCUCUUAGGUUCCGGAAAAAGCCAUGUCACAACUAGAGUGAUGGGAACAUUCGGGUAUGUAGCACCGGAAUAUGCAAAUACCGGACUUUUGAAUGAGAAGAGCGAUGUUUACAGCUUUGGAGUGCUCUUGUUGGAAGCUGUGACAGGAAGGGAUCCUGUCGAUUAUUCUCGGCCUUCUAAUGAGGUGAAUCUUAUCGAGUGGCUUAAAAUGAUGGUAGGGAGUCGGAGAGCCGAAGAGGUAGUAGAUCCAAGCCUGGAAGUUAAACCAGCUCCCCGAAUUCUUAAACGUGUUCUUCUCAUUGCACUGAGAUGUGUUGAUCCUGACUCUGAUAAAAGGCCGAGAAUGGGACAGGUGGUUCGAAUGCUUGAAGCCGACGAUGACCCGUUUCGAGAGGAUCGACGAAACCGAAGGAGCCGUACAGCAAGCAUUGACAUCGAGUCUUUGAAAGAGAACUCAAAUUCUAUUGAUCUUGAUAACAAAAUAGGAAUAUCAGAGAAGAAUCAAGCACAAAGCUAACAAGAAAUUGCUGAUCAGAAUCAUGAAUUUGCUAACGAAACUGAGAAUUUUCGUCGACAGCUGCUGAGUUUAAAAUCUGAAACCAUGGCGGGAUAUCGAACUGAAAACUUUAUUUCUUGUGGCAUUUUGGUUAUACUGUUUUUCUUGAGAGCAGCAAUUCCUUAAUAUGUUGUACAGAUAUCUUUCUCUUCAACUUGGAAUUCUUCAGUUCUUUGCAUUUCCAAAUUUAUUUCUCAUUUACUUUACAAAUGUUUGAAUGA